AUGGAGUAUUUCAUGGUGCCCGCUCAGAAGGUGCCCUCUUUGCAACACUUUAGAAAAACGGAGAAAGAAGUCAUCGGGGGUUUGUGUAGUCUUGCCAACAUUCCUCUGACCCCUGAAACGGCACGUGACCAAGAGAGGCGAAUCCGCCGCGAGAUCGCCAACAGCAACGAGCGGCGGCGCAUGCAGAGCAUCAACGCCGGCUUCCAGUCGCUGAAGACGCUCAUCCCGCACAGCGAUGGCGAAAAGCUCAGCAAGGCCGCCAUCUUGCAGCAGACGGCCGAGUACAUUUUUACACUAGAGCAGGAGAAGACGCGACUACUGCAGCAGAACAGCCAACUCAAGAGAAUCAUACAGGAGUUGAGCGGCUCCUCCCCGAAGAGGAGGCGCGUGGAGGAGAAGGACGAAGGCAUCGGCUCGCCGGACAUCCUGGAGGACGAGAAGGCGGAGGACCUGCGGAGGGAGAUGAUCGAAUUGAGGCAGCAGCUGGAGAAGGAACGCUCCGUAAGGAUGAUGCUGGAAGAUCAGAUGCGCUCCCUGGACGCUGACUCGUACCCGGAGAAAGUGAAGCAGAACCUGGCGAGUGUGCAGCAACACAAGCAGCUGGAGAAGGACCAUACACCUUCCCACAGCCCACGGGCACUCGCGCCGGCUACCCCUCCCGCACCCACGCACCACGCCACAGUCAUCGUUCCCGCGCCCCCUCUCCAGCCACCGUCGCAUCAUGUCAACGUGGUCACCAUGGGCCCGUCGUCAGUCAUCAACACCGUCUCCACGUCCCGACACAACCUGGACACAAUCGUUCAGGCCAUCCAACACAUUGAGGGCACCCAAGGCAAAGGCGGGGGUGAGGAGGAACAGCGGAGGGCGGUCAUCGUCAGCUCCGGGCGCGUCCAUUCCGACAGCGACGAACCGGACGACUGCUCCCUGCCAUGA